AUGUCUCGUUCGACCAACCGCCCAUCUCGUGCUGGCACACCCGUCUUCGGCGGUCAAGAUCCCACCUCUCCGCCCUCCUUUCUCUCACCGAUCACAUUUCGACGCGGCGACAGUGCCCACAACAACGAUGCAGGCGACGUCUCGUCCAACUCUCUCUUCCUGAGCGCCAACGCAAGACCUCGCGCAACACGCGCACGUCCACGUCCCUCGUCCAUGCUCGCCGCUGCCGGUCCCAACGUCUCACUUCUCAGCCCUGGUAGCGCAUUCGAUCGCGAAGGUUCCGUCAUUAGUGAUGAUGCGGACAUGCGAUCGGUCGCAGAGUCGGCUCUGUCUGCCUCGCAUGCUGGUUUUGGUCGACGGCCCCCUUUGCCGAACAAAGAUGCCAAAGCACAGCUCGAGGAAGGUACCGUGCUGCUGGGAGACCAAUGGAUGCACGUUUCGGCAUAUUCAAAACUACCAGUGGAGGUGCUCGAGGUGCUCAGCGACGCAGACCUCUAUAUCGACGCAUUCCAGGGCCAUCUCGAUGUCCAGACCGGCUACGCCUGCCUAGUGUCUCGCACCCAGUGCUUCGUUUGGAACUACUCGAGCCGCGGUAUCGGCACAAGCUCGCCUACGUGCUUCAUCUUUCCCGUUCCGCAGUACGCUUCGUCCAGUAUGACGGCCAUUAACGACCUUGCGCACUGCUGCUUCCUUCCGCGUGGAGCAAACAGGGAGCCUGCGCUGCUCCUCGUCGCUCCCGAUGGCCAAACAUGCCUCUGGGAGGGCAUCUCGUCCUCGCUCACGCGUCAGGACCGUGCACAGCGCCUAUCAGCCCCUCUAUCCUCGGCAGCCGAAAUCAUCAUUCAGCUGCAGCGUGUUGACGAAUCGACAGUGGUACUGGCUACCAGUCAGUCUCGCAUGCUGCGCGUCUCGAUCGGCAGCAGAGCCGGUGUGCUUCAGGCCGAGAUCCGACCUUUCUCGCAACAGCGUGGUCUCCUUGGGCGUCUGUUUGGAUCGACGUCGGCGAUCGCAUCAUCAAACGAUCCAAUUGUCUCGAUCGCAGUGGCACCCCUUCAGCCGGGUAAGCAAGGCCGUGAAGUCUACGCGAUCGGCCGCAAGACGUUGCAGAAAUGGCAAGUGCUUGACCAAGGCGGAGAGCGUCUGCUGGCCGAACAGGACGUUCAACAGGUGGUCGCCAGCAACGUGCUGCAGCUCAGCGAUGAGAGGUACGGCGCUGCUCAGAGCCUUUCCUUUGACAUUGUCAGUGGUGCUGUCCAAUCGGACGGACAGCUGGUUCUGCUCUAUUCGCAAUCCAAGACCGAACGCGAGCCGCACAACUACGGACUGGCUAUCAUCGACGCUGUCAAGGAUGCAGGGUCCUUUGUCGUAGCUUCCAUCCUGUCGAUCAACUAUUCCAACUUUGCCGAUCCUCGUCCUUAUGCGCUUCCGACGCUCAGCAUGCCCAAUGGCGGACCCGCUGCUUUCAUCUGCUUUGCCGAUACCGUCGUGGCUAAGCAGCUCGAGACUGGGUGCGAAACGUUCGAGGAGGUCAUCAAGCUCAAGGACGACGUCAAGAACAGAUUCAUCGGCUCCGGCUGCGACUCGAUCGACGUCGGCAACAACCACGCCAUUGCAGCUCUUUCGCUCAUCUCGGCCACUUCUGGCUCACUGCUGGUCGAGACCAGCAUCGACGAGAUUCGCAAUCGAUGCACCGCCUACGCAUCGGCAGCGGAUCGUCAGCGCGCCGAUACCGAGCGGCUGAAGGGCAAGCUCGAACAGGCGCUCUACUACUCUGAAUCGCUGCUCAAUCCUCUCACUUUCCAACUACCUUCGCAUCUGCAAGGAACGUUGAUGACAGCGUGCGAAGAUCUGAGUCGCCAAUUGCUGACGUUCAGCAACCCCAUCUCGCAGAGCGUGCCGCCUUCGGUCGAUUUGCGUACCGCACUCAAGGAUCGACUAGGCAAACUGCGCUUCCUGGUCAAGUUUGUCGCUGUAUGCGGGCACCUCGAGAAGCUUCCGCAGACGACAAAGCGACAGCUGCGCGCCGACGCCGAGCUAGCAGCGGCGCUCAGCGAGCUGUGGGUGUAUCAGAACGAAUUCUACACGUCUGCGCACAGUCAUGGAUCGGCCACGCAGAGUCCGCUCGCGAAAGCCAUCGAGACGGUCAUGGCUGAGCAAGGAUUAGGUACGGGUGGAGAUGAUCUGGUGCGCAAGUUUUUCCGACACCACGCCGAUCUGACGACGAAGGUGCUGGCGAGGCUGUUGAGCCAGACCAAGGGCGUUUCGGCGCAACCGCUGCGUAGCAGGUCGACGGAAGUGCUCGAGCUCAACAGGAUCGUGCUGUCGGCUUUCAGGGCAGCGCUCAGGUACAGGAAGGAGAGUGUAGGGCUAUACGGGAUUGUCGAGAGCCAGGGCGGAGCAGGUGCAUCGGCAGCAGCGCCGAUGGCAGGGUUCGAAGCGUGGACGGCUCAGAGCGUAAGCGUGCAGCUGCUGGAGAGUCUAUACUCGCUCACGGUCAACCUGAUUCCAGAUCGAACGCGCGAGCUGGGUUCCAGCAUCGACGCUGCCUCCACCGAGUUCUCGAGCGCGGUUAGCGAAGAAUCGAAGCGCGAGCAUCGGGCGCAGACCGAGCUCAAGGCGCAACUAUGCUCGCUCGCCGAGAUCGCGCUUGCGUGCUACACCGAGCGUAUCCAGUACUUGCAAGCCUCUGCAGCCGCCGCAGCCGACAUUGGAGCGUUGGAACGGGAGCUCUCUGUAUUCUCCACAACCUACCGCACCGCUCGACCGCUCUUCAUCCGUCCUCUCGUGUCGAUUCACCGCUCCGACCGUGCCUUCACCCUCGCCGAGCAAUACUCGGAUUUCCGAACGCUCGUCGAGCUAUCCCAGGAACCCAACCUCCAAUCCGACGCUCGCACCGAAACCUACCUCGAGCGAUACCAGCAAGCGUUCGCCUACGAACUCUACAACUGGUACAUCGAACACCACCAGCAGCGGAAGCUGCUGACGCAGAAACCGGAGUACAACCAACUCGUGCUGUCGUACCUCGAACAGCCGGGUAAGGAGCGUUUGGCGUGGUUGCACGAUCUAGCUCUGAAGAGGUUCGAUGCGGCUUCGAGCAAGUUGGAAGCGUUGGGGCUGAAGGAGGGAAACCUGGCGCAGAGGAAGUUGAUGUUGAGUUUGGGCAAGUUGGGGUAUCUGUCGACGUUGGGGUUGGAGCAGUUGUCUACGGUGGGUGUUCAGAAGCAGGUGGAAUUCUUUGACGAUCAAUUGGAUUUGAUCGCUGUUCAGGAUUCGUUGGCUGCUUUGUGGGAGAACAGCGUUAUGGGAAGUCUUCCGAUCGAUCUGCCGCGUGCUGGAACGCAGGAAGCGGCGACGCUGGCGUCGGAAAUCGUCGACACAGUGGCUUCGAGGUUGAUCGAAUAUCCGGCGUAUCGCGAACACUACAUGCAGCUCGUCCAACAACUUUUGCUCUCCAACCGCUACCUCUCAGCCGAGGAUCUGGUCGACCUACUCACGCUCAAAGACACACCCGAGACGCAGCUGGAAGACUUUGCCACGGCGAUCAAGGUGCUGAUCCGAGCUGGCAACAUCCCGGCUUCGCGGAGGGAGGCGAGCCUGAAGAGCAUCUGGAGACGCAGCGUUUUGCGGGACGACUGGGUCAGUUUGAGCGAGACGAACAACGUCAGCGAUCAGACGUUGAUGGAUGAUCUCAAGCGCACGGCGUUGUGGGCGAUGUUGAGGGAGGUGUUGGGGGAUGAUGCGGAGGCGGGGAGGGAUGCCUGGGUUGAUGUGGGGGAUCUCGCCGUUGAGGAUGAUGUGGAAGAUGCCGAGGGAGAUGGUGCGGGGAUGAGAGGGUUGUUGGAGGCGAGGUUUGCCGAUGCUCCCGAUCACUUUGUGAGUCUGUUGUUGCAAGACUAUAGGAAGGAGGUGGCUACGGUGGGCGGAUUUUUGGAGGAUUCGGAUCUACCUAGGUUGGCUCAUGAGAUGGCGGGACUGGCCGCGAACGAGGGAGCGGAUGGUCAAGCUGGUGAGGCCGACGACAGCAUGCUCGUCGAAUGA